CUCGCGCCCCCCCUGUUUAGCUUUACUUAGCACUGGGUUUAAGCUUUCACAUAGAUCGUUGGUUAUUGGCGCAGGGAUCCUCCUCCCUUUAGUUUCCCUUUAGUUGCAGGCUAAAAACUUGGAACACUCCGACCACCAGUUGCCCAUCACAACAAAUCAUAGGUCCCAACCUCCGCCAUCCCUGAGCCAAUCCGCGUCUCGUCAAGGCGAAGGGUCGGCCUGCGACACGUCCGCCAGUCCGUGCUAUAACCAGCAGCAAACGUCUUGACCUGCGAAACUCUUCAUAUAUACAUAAUCGCUCAAUAUUCGUCAAAUAAUCUUCCUUAUUCAGUUGAUCACUUAAAAUCAUGUCGCUCCCCGAGCGACCGGGGCCGGCGAGUCCUUCGUAUGAACAUCGGACUUCCUAUCGACAAUCGUCGUCGAGACGCGCCCGUCCUUCCGAUAUAGAAACCGGGUACUAUCCUGUUCCCGGCCGGAGGCAGUCCUCACACCAGCGUGCGCCAUCGGGAAAUUCUUUUGCUGAGACAAUCAGGAAUCCUAAUGCAACUACAGACAAAUCACCUCUUUCGCCGGCUUCUCCAGAUGAAAUUCCUAGUGGUGUACCGACCCGCAAGAGGAGUCUCAUAAAACCGGAAAGGAAUAGAAUCGACAAGGACCAUCCGAAUUAUCACUAUCGGCAACAUGCCGCUAAUAUGGAGACAAUUCCGUCCUCCACCGGAAACGAUCCUCUUUAUGAAGAGCUAGAAGCAAGGACAGAUUUAUCUGGCGAACGGACUAUCGAUGCUACUUCGGACAGCUCUCCUCCUCGACGGAAACCCAGCGGGGAUGACGAGAAGCAUAAGCCCAAAGCAUCACACCGGAAACGGCAUUCGUCAGGACAUAAAAUUUCCAAAUCCAAGGAUGCUAAGCGCCGGAAGUCGCAAGAGACUAUUAGUCCUCCGAGCGCUUGGAACGUAUACUGCGCCAUCGUUACCUUUUGGUGCCCCGACUUUAUCUUGGGAUGUUGUGGGUUUAAUGCAAAGGAGCAGAAGAGGGCCUGGAGAGAAAAGAUGGGUCUCAUCAGUCUUAUAUUGUACAUCAUGGCUUUCGUUGGUUACUUGACCUUUGGCUUCCAGCAAACCGUCUGCGCCUCGCCUGGUGUACGUCUUCAUAUCAAUGACGUUUCUAGUGGUUACAUGAUAUUCCAUGGUACUGCCUACGAUCUGACGAGAUCUGGUCACCCUCCGGCCGAGGGUAUCCCACUUCGCCAGGACGGUUCAUUUCCCAAUGUUUUAUAUGAUUUGCCUACACAUUACGGCGGCAUGGACGGCAGCUUUCUCUUCCAGAAUGUUAACGGUAAAUGCAAAGGCCUUAUUACAUUGGCGGACAAUUCGGACGUUCCGCACAACGCUAACGACCCGGACGAGCUCGCCUGGUAUUUUCCGUGUACAGCGUUUAACCAAGAUGGUUCAUCUAAACCUAAUUUUACUUGGCCGUACGACAGUCCCGGUUACGCAUGCCACACCACUCAGAAAGCUCGGGAUACGUUCUAUCUUCAACUUCGUAGCACCGGCGAUGUGUUCUUCACCUGGGACGAUAUAAAGAACAGCUCGCGGAACUUGGUCGUAUACUCUGGUAACGUCCUUGAUCUAGACCUUCUCAACUGGUUCAACGAAGACGAGGUCAAGAUUCCGAGCCGGUUUAAGGAAUUGCGAGACACGAACUCACCUGCUAACCAAGCAAUUCGUGGGCGCGAUAUCACCCGAGCAUUCCAGAAGCCCGCCGACAAACAAGUAGCUGGGUGUCUCGAAGAGAUCGCAAAAGUUGGGACCGUAGAUACAGAUACAGUCGGAUGCAUCGCGGCCCAAGUAGUUCUUUACGUGUCUCUAAUAUUAAUUUUAUCCGUCGUUAUAGCAAGAUUCGGCUUGGCGCUGAUAUUUCAAUGGUUUAUCAGUCGCAAGUAUGCUGCUAUUAAGACGUCGCAAUCGGCCGAUAAGAAGAAGCGGAAUCGACAAAUCGAGGACUGGACUGAGGAUAUCUACCGAGCACCACCACGCAUGCCCGGAGACGUGGGCAGCAGCUAUAUGGGGUCUGAUAGAACGAGCAAACGUACCAGCACUUUCCUACCGACGACGUCUCGAUUCUCAGCUGUCUAUGGUACUGAUAGAAACCCCAGACGACCACAGCCGACGACUAUGGCAAGCCAAGCCUCGACUGGGCCUCUACUUCACCCUAACUCGAUGUACAAGCAGGGUAACGACAGCAAGUCGAGUAUGCUCCGUUCUGAUCCGUACGGUAGUACAGCCAGUCCGAUGGAUGGCUACGGCCCCGCUGGAUUCAUCCACGAAGCGGUGGUGCCCCAGCCGCCUUCUGACUACCAGCCCUUCGGCUUCCCCUUAAUUCACUCUAUCUGCCUUGUUACGGCCUACUCCGAAGGUGAAAUGGGUAUCAGGACUACGCUGGACUCAAUUGCCAUGACAGAUUAUCCAAACAGCCACAAGGUCAUCCUCGUUAUUUGCGACGGUAUGAUCAAGGGUAAAGGCGAGAGUAUGACGACACCCGAUUUUGUUCUUGGUAUGAUGAAGGACCACACUGUACCUAUCGAGGAAGUUCAAGGUUUCUCGUACGUAGCCGUAGCCAGUGGUUCAAAGCGGCACAACAUGGCCAAGGUGUAUGCUGGGUUUUACGACUACGGUGCUAAGUCCGCCAUUCCGGUAGAAAAACAGCAAAGGGUUCCCAUGAUGCUAGUGGUCAAGUGUGGCACGCCUGACGAAGCUACCAAGUCCAAACCCGGUAACCGAGGCAAGCGUGACAGUCAAAUUAUCUUGAUGUCGUUCUUGCAGAAGGUUAUGUUUGAUGAGCGCAUGACGGAACUCGAAUUUGAGAUGUUCAACGGACUUUGGAAAGUAACCGGCAUUUCUCCUGAUUAUUACGAAGCGGUUCUCAUGGUGGAUGCCGAUACCAAGGUGUUCCCCGACAGUCUGACUCAUAUGCUCUGCGCGAUGGUUCGCGACCCUGAUAUCAUGGGACUCUGUGGCGAGACCAAGAUUGCCAACAAGAGACAGAGUUGGGUAUCGGCUAUUCAAGUCUUCGAAUAUUUCAUCUCCCAUCACUUGUCCAAAUCCUUCGAGUCUGUUUUCGGUGGUGUUACUUGUCUUCCCGGCUGUUUCUGCAUGUAUCGCAUCAAAGCCCCCAAGGGCGCGCAGAAUUACUGGGUUCCUAUCCUGGCCAACCCAGACGUUGUCGAGCAUUAUUCAGAAAACGUUGUUGAUACUUUGCACCGGAAGAAUCUUUUGCUUCUUGGAGAAGAUCGAUACUUGACUACUCUCAUGCUUCGAACUUUCCCUAAGCGUAAGCAAGUCUUCGUCCCUCAGGCCGUUUGCAAAACUACCGUCCCCGACGAAUUCAGCGUUUUGCUCUCCCAGAGACGAAGAUGGAUUAACUCCACGAUCCAUAACCUGAUGGAACUGGUUCUCGUUAAGGAUCUUUGUGGUACAUUCUGCUUUAGUAUGCAAUUUGUCGUUUUCAUCGAGUUGAUGGGCACUUUGGUUCUUCCCGCAGCUAUCGCUUUCACCUUCUAUGUUGUCAUCUCUUCUAUUAUUGGCCCAGUACAAGUCAUUCCGUUAAUCCUCCUUGGCAUGAUUCUUGGUCUUCCGGCCGUCCUCAUCGUUGUCACGGCUCAUUCGUGGUCAUAUGUCGUGUGGAUGACUAUCUACCUCUUCUCCCUGCCAAUUUGGAAUUUUGUACUCCCAACUUACGCUUUCUGGAAGUUUGACGACUUUUCGUGGGGUGAUACCCGAAAGACUGCGGGCGAGAAGACGAAGAAGGCCGGGAUUGAGUACGAAGGCGAAUUCGAUAGCAGCAAGAUUACUAUGAAACGGUGGGCCGAGUUCGAGCGGGAACGCCGAAUUAGGGACAACUACUGGGGAUCGAGGGAUAACGUAGCCAGCGGAGCUUGGCCCCCUUCGGGACCUAAUAACGCGCCGUACCAUCAUUCUUACGACGACCAGUACUAUUCGGACGCAUGAACAAGAGGGGGCGGGGGUUACGUAUCGAGUAUUACGAAGUUAUUCAUUUGCUACAUAUAGGGAUCGGUGCUGUUGUAGACAGACUCGGGCAGCGGUUGUUCCGAUGAAGUGUAGAUCCUAUAAUGCAGGAUUCAAUAGCAUGGAUUGAAUUAUAUGUAUAGAGAGAACGCAGAGAAGCGUUCGGCGUCGUUUAGCUUUUUGUACAUAACAUAGCUCACUAAGUUCCAUCGUGACGUAAAACUAAUAGGACAGUAUACGCAUCAUACUUCACAACUUUGUAGUCUCUGCUUGCUUGCUAUCUUCUCUUCUUCCAACUUGCCUACGUGUGUAACUUUCCGUGAUCUUACACUGCGAGAUGCAUAGUAGAGUCAUCGUUCUACAGAAUACUUCGUACGUACAGUGAAGUUGUGCGAUCGCGGCAGUAACCAGCUUCGGGGUCGGAAGCUAGGCUCGUACUACGGUUGGGCAGCUACAGGACGGACCAUCGUCUACUGCUCGCUAGGGCUGUGCAACAUGAUCUCGCACGCGCGUGUUACGGCGUGGAAGACCUGGUGUAGCAAAUAUUUGUAACGGAGCACACA